AUGGCAGACAUGGAGUCAAACUCAAGCCGCUCCGCGCGGCUCAGCACCGCAGAGCGGAAACGUCUCACAGACCGCAAAGCCCAACGCCAACGACGAGAGCGCAUCAAGACGUACAUUGCCCGCCUGGAAAAGACAUUAGAGGAUCUAACUGCGACAUCGGGGAACGGAAUGGAAGCUACCCUCCUCAAGCAACUGGAGCAGCAGCGUUCAAAGACAGAGCGGCUCACCAACGUAAUAAACCACAUCCACGAAGUCCUAGAAGAGUCGCGCAGCUCGGUAUCACCAGCGCCGGAAUCACCGCUCUUAACACAGGGUGAAUCAAGCAUAUCUGCUGCCUCUUUACCGCCGUCUAUACCGAGCCGUCUGUUAGACCCACUGGAACAGCUGCAGUCAUCUACACCUAAUAAUAACAAUGACAAGAAUAGACGGGCACCGUUUACUAUCAGCGCAGACCUAGCAACACGGAUCUCACUGCGCAGCCAGAACCCGGGCAACAGCGGGACGAGGAACUAUUUUGAAAUUGUCAACGACUCGAUUGCGAAUGUGUCCAAGGAGCAGAACUCGAUUAUUCCGUCAACGACGGCGGAUGAUGACGACCUGGCCAUUCGGGCGAUUCUGCACGGUUGGGAUUCAGUUCGAGAUGGCGGCCGGAGUUUAGAUCGUGUCUGGGGCCUUCUGCAAGCCCUCGACCAGGGUAUUUUCUCUGAGACGGGUCUGGUUGAGCGCGUGGCGGUUUUGCGGUUGAUGCGGUCAAUGAUUAAGUGGAAUCUUUCGCCGAGAGAGCACACGAUACCGUCAUUUAUGUUUCCAACGGUGACACAAAGCAUGGUUCCUCAUGCGCCGAUCAUCGAUUUCUUUGCAUGGCCUAACUUGAGAGAUCAUCUCAUCGUCUCAGGUAUCACAAACAUCACGGAAGCGACAUCGGCACUGUACGUUUCGCAAAUACGACUGAAAUGGCCGUACGAGCUGCGGGAUAUGUGCAAAUACAAUGUCUCCGAAGAUAAGUACCGGUUCUCGAGCGAAUUCGACAACGCGUACUACGAUCUGGAGUCGUGGACAAUUGGCUCGCCACAGCUACAGAUGCUGAUCGACAGCGGUCCGUCGAUGGCUGGGUUCGACCCCAGCACAGUCGCCCAGAACCAUGGCAGUGAUCCCGAUGCCGACGGGAGCUAUUGGGACCGCUUGCUGGAUAGUUGUGAUCAGAUGUGA